GUUCCGCCUCACGUUUCUGAUUGGUGCACUGGAAAACGGCGGUUGUAUAAAGCCGUUGGUGUUGGUGGCCGUCUCUUCCGUAGUUUGAAAAUUGUGCGGAUCUUUAAAGCAGUCGGGCGGUUUGAGUUUGACUGUGUCAAGUUCAGUGGAUGUUAGCGUGAGGUGUUAUCUUUUAUUUUACGAUGUCUUUUCCACGGGCCAAGCGUUUCACGGAACCGAAAGUGUGCGGCCCGGGUGUGGGAGACUACACACCCAAGGAGAAGCACAAUGCGCUGUGUGCGAAAUUUCUCGCAGCAGAACGCUUCAGACAUGACUCGGGAUCUGCUGGAACUGCAUCAGCAUGUGGAACCCCAUUCAAGGCUCCCACAACACCCAUGCAUCUGCCCAAGGAGAAGCUGCGCCGCAAGAUGGCGGAGCUGCUACAGCAACUCGAGGACCGAGACCGGCUCAUCUCCCAGCUGCGGGUCUCCAAGAACAAGCUGUCCGCGCACGUCGGCCAGCUCGAGGGGCUCCUGCGCAACAUGAAGAAGAUGGGGAGGAGCAUGAAGAACACCACAAACGCGGCCCUCUCAAGACAGCCCGGACCGGACGACGGCGCUGCCGAGAGCUUUGCAGAGGCCGACGUGCUUUCGAGAGAUGCUGUGGAGUGCACCACAGAGCUCAGGCUAACCAAGGACACGCAGGAGCUGAGGGAAGAGCUCAGGGUCUUUGUGGAGUCGCUGGAAGACGAGACCGGCUACGCAGAUGCGGCAGACCGCGACCGGGAUGACCAAGGUCGGUAG